AUGGCCUCCAAACAAAUCUACCUAGGAGUUAUCGGCGUUGGGGGCGUCGGAACUGCAUUCCUCCAACAACUCUCCAAACUCCCCAACGCCCCCUCUCUCAUCCUCCUCGCACGCUCAUCCCAAACCCUCCUCGCACCAACUCCCUCCUACUCCCCUGCCAUCCCAGCCGCAGACUGGGCAACUGCCUCCUCAGCACCCUCAAUUACUACAUCUGGCACUCUGUCCCCUGCCGAAGUCAUAUCCUACCUCUCCUCCGCACCCGGCCGCUCGGUUCUCGUCGAUAAUACCUCCGACCCAAAACUGGCCAGCUCAUACCCCGACUUCCUCAAAGCGGGCAUCUCGAUCGUGACACCCAACAAGAAGGGAUUCUCAUCCGAUUUGUCGUUGUGGAAAGACAUCUUCGCCUCCGCCGCAGCCGGUAAAGCGCUCGUAUACCACGAAAGCACCGUCGGCGCUGGACUCCCCGUCCUCUCGACUCUGCGCGAUCUCGUCGCUACCGGCGACGAAGUCACACGUAUCGAGGGCGUCUUCUCAGGCACACUUUCUUUCCUCUUCAACACAUUCGCGCCUGUCUCUGCUUCUGGGCCGUCCGCAAAAUGGAGCGAUGUCGUCAGCCAAGCCAAGGAACUCGGAUACACUGAACCUGAUCCUCGUGAUGAUCUCAAUGGUAUGGAUGUAGCACGCAAACUCACUAUCCUUGCGCGUAUUGCCGGUCUGGAAGUUCAGAGUCCUGAUUCGUUCCCUAUUGAGUCCCUCAUUCCUGCUGAAUUGGCUUCGUUGCCUGCUACUUCCGAAGGUGUGACACAGUUCAUGACCCGUCUACCCGAAUUCGAUGGUCAGAUGACUACGCUCAAGGAAGACGCCGAAAAGGCGGGUAAAGUUGUGCGAUACGUUGGUAGCGUGGACGUUGGUAAGAAGGAAGUCAAGGUUGGAUUGCAGCAGUUCCCCAAGGAUAGUGCGAUUGCGGGAUUGAAGGGAAGUGAUAAUAUUAUUAGCUUCUAUACGAAGCGGUAUGGAAGCAACCCGUUGAUUGUUCAGGGUGCGGGUGCUGGUGGUGAUGUGACUGCUAUGGGUGUUACGGCGGACCUUAUCAAGGUGUUGGAACGGUUGUAA